AACUAGAAGCUAACCCGGAGGAUCUUAUCUCGCUAUCCUGCGCGUAUAACGUGCACCCUCGUGGACCGCCGCUGUACUCGGUCCGUCAUUUCCCGUCUUCAACGGCCAGUCAGUUGGGAAUCCACAACAAGCACGUCAAAAACCUGCCAAUCAAACUUCCAAUUUCCAUCAAUCACCGACCGUUCGAUACCGUCGUCUAUCGUAGCCCGGUAGAACGCGAGCCACCCCUGCCUCGUCCAUACACCCUCGUACGUGCAAGUCCAGAGAUCGCGAAAUUUCCGCAGAAAAAAUGAUCCUGCCCGUUGCAGCAGCUCGACCAAGGUAUCCCGACAACGUCAUUAUCUCGUCAAACGGCCGCGUAGCCACGACGACGCGACGACGCGACGACGCGACGUGGGAAACGAGGAGGAAACGCGCGCGCGCGCGUACACGCGUGCUCACGCACAGGUACCGACACAGACGCACGCAGGGAUUGCCAAUCAAUUCGCGCAUCGCGCCCGGGAAUUAGACAAUUAGGAGUCGUCACGUUCCCCGAGCAGUCGCCUCGUCAUCCCGGACCCCGCGUCGUUCCGCUUCAGCCCCUUCGAGCCGACCUUCCCCCACGCUCGUCCACUCGCUCGUUUUCAUCCCCACGCGCGACCACGCGCAUCAAGCGCCACCACGUUCUCGAUCCAAGCAACGCCAUCUGCCAGACGAUGGGAACGCGAGGGGCCAACUCGAUUUCCCCGAUGCCGAAGCGGGAGAAGAACUCGAAGGCGACGUUGAAACUGGUGUUGGAUUGGCCGAGUCGCGCGGUACAAACACGCCCACCGAACAGGGGUCCGGGUUAGGGCUGUGGUGUGACUGGAGUGGUUCGCAUUGGCCGAGGAUAGGACACGGUACCGGUUGCACGGGUUCCGCGGGGGCGGCGCGCCACGGCGGCAAGCACCGCGACGCCGGCCGCCACCGAGAAGAGAGAGGACGUCUCGGCAGGCCGCAGCCGCAGCCGAACUGGUAAUCAGUGUCGUUUCCGCGCCAGCACUGGCCACCACGCGGCAGAUUACGCAGAUUACGCUCUGCACACCCCCCGCGCGUAGCCGAACGUUGUGACACCGGAUUGUGAGAGUGCGACGGGGACGAUACGCGGAUCCUCGCUUCGGCUACGAGCUUCGGUUACCUGGGAAAUUGCAUCGCCUGUUGUACUUGAUCCUUGGACGGAAUCGUUCGACGGGACUCUGACAACCAGAGAUACGAGGUUGAGAAGUGCGCCUGGUUCUUGGCUCUCGCGAUUCAACGUCGUUUCGUAACUGCACUCGCGCGACAGACUGUGAGCGUCGGAAACGCAGAUCGAUAUGUAUUGACGCGUCGCACGUUCGGUCGAAUCGAUACCGAAAAGUGGAUCGAAGAAAGAACCGUAACAGCGAUAAUGUCGUUGGCUGCUUGAGCAGAAAGACCGGGAGAAAUCGAAUCGUCAUGCCGGUCUCGUAAAGAAACUGUUGUGACUUUAAUGGGGGGAUCCGCUCGCGCCGGCUCGGUCGGUCCACGACGAUGCGGCGGCUUCUGAGAAUAACGGGCUUGGGAGUCGUUCGUCGAAUGCCAGCCCGUGUACAUUGCCGAUGAUGCUGCUCAGUAUCGAACUAAUUGCGAGUCGAUAAACUGCUGCGAUGACAGUUGUCCCUUGGACGUCGCACUGACGUUCGGCAGUUCGCGUCGAUAAGCGUGCAGAAGCGAGGAAAACGGAGAACGAUGACCACGACGUCGUAGGUCGGUGGACGAUACUCGUGCCGGUAGAAGACGAACGGUUUGCAAGGAUAAAGCGGUGGCGAGUAACACGAACGUCCGCUCGUUAGCUGCUAGUGACGUCGAGGAGAUAGCCGAGUGAAAAUUACGAUGUGCGUUAAGUGAUCGAUGGCGAGGUCUUGCAGAGACAUUUAGGAAGCUCGUGCUUCGACCGAGGCGAAGGAUAGGCGCUACGACAAAAUUCAUAGCCUGGUAACUUGUCGAGAAUCCCGAGAGGGAAACGUCGGGAACCUCUCGAUCGACAAGCUGAUCCCGCGAUCCUCGUUGUCGUGCGAUACGAAAAAGAAGGAAAAAAGGAUAAUCGGCAUGAGUAACAGCGAGGGCGUGGUGACGGGCCAAGGAACCGGAAACGAUCGCCUGUGCGAGGACGUCGAUAUGGCAACUUCGACGUCCGCGUCGUCCAACUUGAAGCCACGAAGCGGCAAGAUCAGCUUCAGCGUGGACUCCCUGCUGAGCGACAUGAAGAAGACCGGUGUCAGCGGUGGCGCGUUCGCUCGACGAGAGAGCGACGAUCGGAUGGAUACCGAGAAAAACGUGGACGUGGAAGCGAGGUAUCGCGAGUUGCUUCUCGAGCAGCAGAGACUUCAGAGUAGAGAGUUACUAGCGAGGUUGAGUCCGCACGGGCUGGCGUUCGCGAAUCAUCAUCAUCAUCAUCAUCAUCCGUCGAGCAGACUGGAUCAGGAUCAUCCGUCGGCUGGUCGGCAGGAGAUUCUCACCGUGAAGGAUUUCUCGAGAACGGCCAGUCACGACAAGUCCUCGUCGCCGAUUAGAAUAGACCAGGAGGUUCAGAGGGAUCGAGACGAUCGGCGAUUGUCGGCCAGUUCGCCGGCCAACAGGAUCGCCGAAUCUAUGAUUCAGAGGGAACGCGGCCAAGAGGAGGACGAGAGGAUGGACAGGAUCGCCGGUCCGCGAUCCGUGUCGCCGGUCAGUAGACGAGAGAUCAUGGACGAUAGAAGCGACUCCGAGGCGAAUCGUUCGCUGGAAGGCGACAGAACCACCGAUCAUUUGGAUCUGGAGGAUCAAGAGAUCAGAAGCGUGGGACAGUCGGAGGAUUUAAACGUGAUGGACUCGGACUGCGAGCUGGACAGAGAGCUGGACAACAAUCAAGAGAAGGAGGAGAAGUCGAGUCCGGUAGUGCCUCAACCGAUUCAUCCAGGAGUUCAGAGGCCGUCUCAAGGACCGCCUUACCUCGCCGGUGCACCCGGUGCACCCGGCUGGAAUCCUGCGGGAUUUCCGCAUUCUCUCGCGGGCUUCGCGUGGCUACCCCCACCUCCGCACCCGCACAAUCCUCACGGACAUCUUUACACGCCUCACGGAGGGCCAACUAGUCCGAACGGCGACCUGAGGCUGCCAGGACCGGGGCCAGGGCCGGUCAGGUGCACCCUGAGGAAGCACAAGCCAAAUCGCAAACCGAGGACACCGUUCACCACGCAGCAGCUGCUCUCUCUGGAGAAAAAAUUUCGCGAAAAGCAGUACCUAACCAUCGCCGAACGAGCGGAAUUCUCGUCGUCCCUUCACCUCACGGAAACGCAGGUGAAAAUUUGGUUCCAAAACAGGCGAGCGAAGGCGAAGCGCCUGCAGGAGGCGGAAAUCGAGAAGCUGAGGCUUUCCGCGAGGCCCUUGUUGCACCCGAGUUUUGGCUCUGGCCUGAUGUUCUCCGGAGUGGGGCCUCCUGGAACACCAGGAGUGCCUCCCUUCAUCGCGGCGGCCAUGGCUAGGCACACCCAUGUCGCAGCCGCGGCAGCCAUGUUCAUGGGGCCCCCUGGACACAGACCUUAAUAAGGCAGAGUCGAGCUGCGCGAACUCAAGUCGCUCGAAUCCUGGCCAGUCUGCCUCAUCCAGACUGCUGAACGACAAGAAACGCGUUGCGAGAUUCGAUCGAACUCGAACAACUCGCGGAAUCGACUGGACCAUAGCCUGGCGGCUCGUCGACUUCGUUUGGAAAAAAAAAACGACGAGAUUCGUUGGAAGCGACCAUGGAAUCGCUGUACGGCUAAGAGGUGGAAGAAACGAGGACCAGAGAGGAAUCUGUGGUGGUUUGGAAGAUGGUGAUGGGUUUGGAGAAUUGGUGUUAACGUUUUGAGAUUCGAUAGAGGAGGGAAAUUAUUUUUUCGUGGCGCGAUCGGUGUUGGAGAAUGAAACGAAGGGUGAAAUAAAUCCAGCAGCAGCUUCGAACGUAGGCUUUUCGAAUUUGUGGUAGUAAAUAUUCAGUGAUUUGUGAUUGCGAGCAAAAUAGCGAAGGAAAGAAAGGAGAGAACGUGGUUUUCGAAGGGUGCCAUCGCGAACGACGUACCGCGAUAAUUAAGCUGCACGUUCCAAAAAAGACUUUACGAUGUAUCGCCAGGAAGAGGAAAAGAAACCGAUAACCACCGGUCGGGUGAAAAGCGCGGUCUUCAAACUCAUCACCGUUGGAGAACCUCGGAGAAAUCGGAGAUUUCGCUUCCAUCGAAUCUGCGAAACCUAUCCCAGUGACGAUAAGUGAAGGAUCUGGUAGGGACGCGAAGGAAAUUGUAGGCGAAGUCGGCGCGAGUUUAUAACACGCGAUACGAGAACGCCGGUGUUCGUUCGUCGUAGGAAGCGACACGACGAAAUGUUUUUGACUUUGGUCGCGAAACGAUAAAUCGACGGUGACUUUUACUGCCGCGAUCAUUCGCCAGAGUCGGGGAAAAGUCUUUGAAAACGUGGCACCGAACUCGCUGCCUUUCGUUUCUCUUUUAUUUUUCUACGUUCGGCCGUUUCUUCGCCUCGAAAUCGUUUCGUUGCACGCGAAACAGACACGGAUGAAUUUACGAAUACGACGACGAACGUGAUCGAAUAGUCGAGAGGCUGGUCCGUACGAUCGUGACGCGACGGCAUUUAGAAAGCAUUUUCAAGGCGUUUGAUCUCACAAUGAAACAAAAAUCGUACGAAACCGAUGUAUAUAUUGUAAAUAGACGUGUAUCGAAUCGCGUAAGUGUACGUAUGUAUAUAUAAAUAUUAAUAUAUCGACGCAUGUACAGGACGUUCGGCUUCCGAUUUCGCGAAGAGAGAGAAUGCGAGGAAAACCGGAGGCGAUCGACGAAAAGAACAAAACGAGAAGCGACUCUCGACGACGUUGUGAUCGCGACUCCGCCGUUUCAAUUAACCCGCUCCUUCGGCUCGUUUAUCCCCCGGAGGGAAAUUUACGGGUGAGAUAAUCGAUUAGGUUGAAGAAAAAGAAGAAGAGAGAAAUACGCUACGUAGCCGAUGACUCCACUCUAGAACAGCUCAGCUAGAAUUCCCGCUCGCAAAUCGUUCUUUAACGAUCGCAUCGAACCGAGUCGAGAAGUUCGACAGGUCGGACGUCUCGUUCGUUUAAUCGGUCUUUCAUCGAGGUACGCGCACAGAGAUUCGAAAUUAGAGACUCGACACGCGAUCUUCAAUAUUCUCCGCUGAACGCAGCAACCGGUGUGAUGUAACAAAUAAAUUCUCUUUUUUCUAAAAGGUACGUAGAAAUCCGCGCGUUUGCCCAGCCAAAUUCUUCGCUAGAUUCGGUAAAUGCGAGCGUUAAACGGGAUAUUUUUUCUGUUUCGCGCGUCGUCCAAAGGACGAGGAGAAGCGUAAAUUCCAAUGGCAUCCGCGACCGAUUCGAGAUCGACGAAUGUAUCGCGGGCAUACUGCGAACGCGACGAGGUCACGGAUGUACCUAAGCGCUCUGUAUAAAUGUAACAUGAUAAUUUAUCCAUGGAAGUAUACCAUAGCGAAAUAAAAAUGAUUUCAGUAUUUA